AUGAAUACGACGGCGAUCGAUUACGAUUUUCAACAACAAAUCACUGUCGUUCCACUUCUCCGCCAUUCGUAUGAGUUGACGUUGCUCUACACGAUCGCCUAUGGUAUUCUGUUUUUCACCGGCGUUCUCGGAAACACGUUCGUCGUCGUCGCCGUUUGGCUACACAAAUCGGUCAACAUCACCACCGACUAUUUGAUUUUGUCGUUGGCACUCGCCGAUUUGUUCAUUUUAUGGAUAUGCCUUCCAACAACGCUGAUUAACAGCAUUUUUACAGAAUGGCUCUGGGGUCCCUAUUUUUGCAGACUCUCAACAUGGGCGAACGCCUCAACGUCAUGCGCUUCUGUGUACACAUUAGUAGCCGUGACUGCCGAUCGAUAUUUAGCAAUAUGUCAUACGCUUAAAUAUAAUACAAGUUGGGAUAGAGAAUAUACGAAAUAUGUGAUAAUUUCCAUUUGGCUUGUCGCUGCAAUUUUUGGAAUACCAAAUUGGUAUAAUUACGAUCAGAUUGUUUGGCGUGAGCCGGAAUUCUCUAUUCGAUUGUGCACCUCGCAAACAGAUCAGAAACUUUAUUUUCUAUUUGUUAACCUACUUCUGGCGUUCAUUAUACCAUUUGUACUGAUUUCCACUUUAUACACGAAAAUUUUCAUCACGGUUUCAACGCACAGGAGUCUGGCAAUUGAUGCAAGGGCAAGAGAGGAUCGGGUUCGACUACGGGUUGCCACAAUGAUGCUCACAGUCAUUAUUAUAUUUGCUUGCUGCUGGUUACCGUUAUAUGUAAUUUUCACUUAUUUCUAUUUUUUCGCUGAUCAAAAAUCGGAGCUCUUCACGAUCACAUCAAUGGUAAUCCGACCAGUUUUCCAAUGGCUCUCAUUACUCUCAAGCUCAUUGAAUCCGAUUAUUUAUAUAACAUAUAGUCAUAAAUAUAGGACAGCCUUCAAAAAUAUCCUGUUGAUGCCGUGCAAGUCAAGAUAUGAGCACGUGCGAAGCACAAUUCUUCGCCGCCCGUCGCGGAUGACCAAUCGCGCUUCUUGCACCGGAACAACAACAAUGUCAAUGUCGAAUUAUAGUUCCGAAAUUGCCGGCGGCGUUUCGAUCAUGCUACUAAAUAGCAGUCAAAAACGUUAG